AUGUUGCUGCUCCGCAGACUGCCUGCUCUCCAGUCUGCCCCUGGACUGUUAAGUUACCACUCAGUGGUGGGUGAACCCCACUGCCAUAGCUGCACUACCCACUAGCCCUAUAACCAGUUGCCUGGAGACUGGAAGCAACAAUGGCGUGGACUGUACCGCUUCUGGAGGAAGGAUGGAUUCCACAACAUUCAUCACCUAAUGGUGGAAAAGUACCAGCACUUUGGACCAAUAUACAGGGAGACACUAGGAACAUAUGACAGUGUAUAUAUACAGCUGCCGGAGCAUGCUGCAACUCUGUUCAGUGUUGAGGGUCCUUAUCCUGAGCGCCUGAGGGUCCCACCAUGGUAUGAAUAUCGAGACUAUCGCAACAAGCGAUACGGUGUACUAAUGAAGAGUGGGGAGGAAUGGAGGUGUCACCGACUGGCUCUAAACCGUGAAGUUCUCUCUCUGGCAGGAAUGAGCCGUUUCCUGCCUCUUCUGGAUGCUGUGGGACAGGACUUUAUCCAUAGAGCUUACACUCAGGUGGAAAGGAGUGGUCGGGGAAAGUGGACAGCCGACUUGACCAAUGAGUUAUUCCGAUUUGCACUAGAAUCGGUAUGCUAUGUGCUAUAUGGUCAGCGGCUUGGUCUUCUGCAAGAUUAUAUUGAUCCUGAAUCACAGCAAUUUAUAGAUUCUGUCACCCUCAUGUUUCACACCACUGCACCAAUGCUUUACCUGCCUCCCCGUCUGCUCAGAGCAAUGAAUUCAUCUAUAUGGACAGACCAUGUGAAGGCUUGGGAUGCCAUUUUCAACCAUGCUGACCGAUGUAUACAAGGUAUCUAUACCACCCUGAAACAACGCUCAGACGAUACAUACUCUGGAGUUCUGUCCAGUCUAUUGCUGCAGAACCAGAUACCUCUAGAAGACAUCAAGGCUAGUGUGACAGAGCUAAUGGCUGGAGGAGUGGAUACGACGUCUAUCACUUUACAGUGGGCUUUGUAUGAACUAGCCCGUGCCCCCGGAAUACAAGAGAAACUAAGGUCAGAGGUUAUGGAGGGCAGGAAGGCUUGUGGCAGUGACCUUUCUUCAUUACUUAAAAAUAUCCCCUUAGUGAAAGCAGCUAUAAAGGAAACACUCAGACUGCACCCUGUUGCCAUCACUGUGCAGCGAUACACUCAGCGAGACACAGUUAUCCAGAACUACUUAAUACCUCAGGGGACAUUGGUUCAGGUAGGACUUUACGCCAUGGGUCGGAAUCCGGAUAUCUUUCCUUCACCGGAGAGGUUCUCUCCUGAGCGUUGGCUGGGAGGGAAAGCAACACACUUCAGAGGACUGGCUUUUGGCUUUGGACCACGGCAGUGUUUAGGACGCAGGAUUGCUGAAAUGGAAAUGCAGCUGUUCCUUAUACAUAUUUUAGAGAACUUUAAGAUAGAAGUGAAUCGUAUGAUGGACGUGGGGACGACCUUUAAUCUCAUCCUUUUCCCAUCAAAACCCAUACAACUGACUCUGCGACCCCUCAAGUGAAUACGUGGGAACAAAACAUGUAUCACCCUUAUAAACUCUGUUCUCCGUACGUAACAUCAAAUAACUGUAGCUGUGUAUCCCUUAGCAGGGUUAAUUAAGCCCUAUAACUUAAAAAUGACACUCUCUUUAGAAGGGAAAUAAAAAGAUUUUGUAUGAUACAAUUCUUGGCUUUCAUGUUUGGAAGCAUCCAAUAAAGGCGUUUCAAAUUUAUUAUGAAA